CCAGGGCGGGAAUGGGUGUGACAGGGACGGAAGCCGAGAGGGCCUGCUAAGUGUAGGCGCUGGACAGUUGUGAACCACAGGGUCGUAGCGAUGAUCCCGCCGCAGGAGGCGUCCGUCCGGCGGCGGGAGAUCGAAGACAAACUAAAACAGGAAGAGGAGACGCUGUCCUUCAUCCGAGACAGCCUGGAGAAGAGCGACCAGCUCACCAAAAACAUGGUGUCCAUCCUGUCAUCCUUUGAAAGCCGCCUUAUGAAGCUGGAGAAUUCCAUCAUCCCGGUACACAAGCAGACAGAGAACCUGCAGCGGCUCCAGGAGAAUGUUGAAAAGACUCUCUCCUGCCUGGACCACGUCAUCAGUUACUACCAUGUGGCCGCCGACACCGAGAAGAUCAUCAGGGAAGGCCCCACAGGUAGGCUGGAAGAGUACCUAGGAAGCAUGGCCAAAAUUCAGAAGGCUGUGGAGUACUUCCAGGACAAUAACCCAGACAGCCCAGAGCUCAACAAAGUGAAGCUGCUGUUUGAAAGGGGGAAGGAGUCCCUGGAAUCAGAGUUUCGCAGCCUGAUGACCCGGCACAGUAAGGUCGUCUCCCCUAUACUCAUCCUGGAUCUGAUCAGCAGUGAAGAGGAGCUGGAGGUUCAGGAGGAGGCGCCCCUAGAGCACCUGCCCGAGAGUGUGCUCCAGGACGUGAUCCGGAUCUCCCGCUGGCUGGUGGAAUAUGGCCGAAACCAAGAUUUCAUGAACGUCUACUACCAGAUUCGCUCCAGCCAGUUGGACCGCUCCAUCAAAGGUCUGAGGGAGCACUUUCGGAAGAGCAGUUCCUCCUCCGGAGUUCCCUAUUCCCCUGCUAUCCCCAACAAGAGGAAAGACACACCCACCAAGAAGCCUGUCAAGCGGCCAGGGACGAUCCGUAAAGCUCAGAACCUUCUGAAACAGUAUUCCCAGCAUGGUCUAGAUGGGAAAAAGGGGGGCUCUAACCUCAUUCCUCUGGAAGGUCACGAGCAUGAUUUCCGAGUUAAGCAUCUGUCCGAGGCCCUGAACGACAAGCACGGGCUGCUGGCUGGGAGAGAUGACAUGUUGGACGUGGAGACAGACGCCUACAUCCACUGCAUCAGUGCCUUCGUCAAGUUGGCUCAGAGCGAGUACCAGCUGCUGAUGGAUGUUAUCCCUGAGCACCACCAGAAAAAGACUUUUGACUCCCUGAUACAGGAUGCUUUGGACGGGCUGAUGCUUGAGGGAGAGAACAUCGUGUCGGCUGCCCGCAAAGCCAUCAUCCGGCACGACUUCUCUGCGGUGCUCACUGUGUUCCCCAUCCUGCGCCACCUCAAGCAGACCAAGCCUGAGUUUGACCAGGUGCUCCAGGGCACGGCCGCCAGCACCAAGAACAAGCUGCCCAGCCUCAUCACCUCCAUGGAGACGGUCGGAGCCAAAGCGCUGGAGGACUUCGCCGACAACAUCAAGAAUGACCCGGACAAGGAAUACAACAUGCCCAAGGAUGGCACUGUGCAUGAGCUCACAAGCAACGCUAUUCUCUUCCUGCAGCAGCUCCUGGAUUUCCAGGAGACAGCAGGCGCCAUGCUGGCCUCCCAAGUUCUUGGGGACACAUACAAUAUUCCUUUAGACCCCCGAGAGACCAGCUCUUCAGCCACCAGCUAUAGCUCCGAGUUCAGCAAGCGCCUCCUAAGCACCUAUAUCUGUAAAGUCCUGGGCAACCUGCAGUUGAACUUGCUGAGCAAGUCCAAGGUGUAUGAAGACCCGGCUCUGAGCGCCAUCUUCCUGCACAACAACUACAACUACAUUCUCAAGGCCCUAGAGAAGUCUGAGCUGAUCCAGUUGGUGGCAGUGACCCAGAAGACUGCCGAGCGCUCCUACCGGGAGCAUAUUGAGCAGCAGAUCCAGACCUACCAACGCAGCUGGCUAAAGGUCACCGACUAUAUCACCGAGAAGAAUAUACCUGUAUUCCAGCCAGGAGUCAAGCUCCGGGACAAGGAACGGCAGAUGAUCAAGGAGCGAUUCAAGGGCUUCAAUGAUGGCCUUGAAGAAUUGUGCAAGAUCCAGAAAGCCUGGGCUAUUCCAGAUACAGAGCAGAGGGACAAGAUUCGCCAAGCACAGAAAAACAUUGUUCAGGAGACCUAUGGAGCCUUUCUGCACAGGUACAGCAACGUGCCCUUCACCAAGAACACUGAAAAGUACAUCAAGUACCGUGUGGAGCAGGUGGGCGACAUGAUUGACCGCCUCUUUGAUACGUCCGCCUGAGCUUGCCGCAGGCCUGGCCUUCAUCUGCCAGACCUACCAUGUUCUCGGACAGAUAAAUCAGUGUUAACUUGC